AUGUACUAUAAACUGACGGAGCUCGUUCUCUCUUCCUCUCCGAUCGAGCAUCCAAAAAAAGACCUUGUUCCGCGUGGCGACUACAGGUCAUCACCCGCCGGAAAGAUUACCUUCUUCGUACUCUGCAGCAUCAAACCCGUUCUCCAGUAUUCGACCUUAGCGCAUGAUUUCGGCACAAGCGUUUUACAUCGCGUGGGAGUACGAACACUACCGAGCGGGCUGCCUGCACAGACAGGCAUAGGGCUGAUCGAUGGCCUAGGCCUGUCACCCUACAUACUGGCUGGUCUCGCUCGCCGUAACAUUUGGGUCACAACACUAUCUAGGGACCGGAUGACAGUAGGUUCGGCGGUUGCGAUAGCGAUGAUGAAUGCGGUGUCGAACAGUCUGAGCACAUAUGCCUCUGUCACUUCUAUUUCGUCGACGUCGACGGAAGGGGGCUUUCCACAACCGGCACUACUUAUUGGGAGCACGCUUUACGUAGCUGGUAUCUUGACGGAGCUUGUUGUGGAGAUUCAACGCGAACGGUUUAAAGCCGAUCCACACAACAAGGGUAAGGUGUGCACGGGGGGCCUGUGGAGUUUGGCGCGGCACAUCAACUAUGGAGGAUACAUGAUGUGGAGAGCGGGAUAUGCAAUGGCCGGAGGAGGAUACCGGCUGGGUGUCUUGGUCGCAGCCUUUUGGGCUUGGGAUUUCAGCUAG